AUGCCACACAACAUAUCUGGAAUGAGUUGCGAAGAGUACAUGUCGUGUCCAGCAUGGGACUUGGUCGGAUACAGGAAACCGGGUCUAUCAUCCGGGUCGGGUCCACCCAUGUGUUGUGCGGUCGGAUUCGAAUCUGUGAAAGCGAUCAACUUAAGCAAGUUGGAGUGUGAAGGUUAUAGUACUGAGUACAAUCUUGCACCGUUGAAGCUAAGAGGACCUUCUGAUUGGGCGUAUGGGAUACGAGUCAAGUACGAGCUACAAGGAAGUGAUGUGUUUUGA